AUGCUGCGUUUCAACAUCGGACCGUUGACUUGGUACAUUCUCAUACCUUUGGCCGGCAUCGACAGCAGCGCUUACCUACAGCUGGACACCAAGCAACGACAGCAGUGCCUGCUUUGCUACCAAGACGGGAGGUUUAUACAACUUUCUAGCCUUCGUGUCAUAGUACUGACUGCCCCGGCAAAUGACGUGGUUACGAUUCACCAGCGAGAGCCUAUUGCCUUAGCCUCCCGGGACUUUGUUGCCCGGCAAUGCACUUUGCCAUUUCAAGGUUUGGAUCUGCCUAAAAGUCCGUUUGUACACAUACAUCACAUACACCCUUUUCUUGCGCCAACCCUACGUCAGCAUAUUUCGCCUCGGAGACAGAGUUCUCAUGGCCAUCGGCCAAGAAGCAUCGGUCUUGAAGGGACCCCAAUCUAUUCUGAACUCGAUCCUCCAGAGCAGGAGACGAUUGUAGUUGCAAACAUGAAGGUCGGCACUCUCGAAAAGGUCGGGUUGCCAGGCUCAAUACUGGAAGAAGCAGGAAACGGCCAAAGCUCCAGUGUCAAGGUAAGUGCAGCUCUGAUGACUGCCUCUGCCUUACGUGAAUACAUGCAAAGUGAUGUUAGUUGCACUGAUCAUCCUCCUUCAAAAGCUGUAUUCAUCCUAGGUCACAUAAAGUGA